CCUUCGCUUCCUGUUUUUGCUCCGGAGCAACAACGUGGGUUCAGCUCAGCUCAGCUCACCGGUGUGUGUGUGUAGAAACAGUGUUAUGUGUGAGCAGAGUCCUCAUCACUUUCUACGAUGCAGAUAUCCAGUGUGAAUGAUGUGAAGAUUUAUAAUUUAAGCCAUGGAAAGUCUCUUCCGGAGUGGCUGUCAGAUCGAAAGAAAAGACAGCUACAGAAGAAAGAUGUCGACAUCCAGCGCAGGAUCGAGCUCAUCCAGGACUUUGAGAUGCCCACAGUGUGCACAUCUAUCAAAGUGUCAAGGGAUGGUCAGUUCAUCCUGGCAGCAGGCACGUACAAACCCAGGAUUCGCUGUUAUGACACCUACCAGCUGUCCCUGAAGUUUGAACGAUGUCUGGAUUCAGAGAUUGUGGCUUUUGACAUCCUCUCUGAUGACUACUCGAAGUUGGUGUUUCUGCACAGUGACCGAUACGUAGAGUUCCACUCGCAGCACGGACACUACUACAAAACGCGGAUCCCAAAGUUCGGACGGGACUUCUCUUAUCACUACCCCUCCUGUGACCUCUUUUUUGUGGGGACAAGUUCUGAGGUGUUCAGACUGAAUCUGGAACAAGGACGUUUCCUAAACUCCCUUCAGACUGAUGCUGUGGAGAACAAUGUGUGCGACAUCAACCCGGUCCAUCAUUUGUUCGCCACAGGAACCUCUGAGGGGCGGGUCGAAUGCUGGGACCCUCGUGUCCGCACCCGAGUGGGCACGCUGGACUGCGCCCUGAGCAGCCUCACUGAGGGAACAGAAGUUCAAGGUCUGCCCUCAAUAAGUGCUCUGAAGUUUAACGGCUCCCUCACCAUGGCCGUCGGCACCAGCACAGGACAGGUGCUGGUCUAUGACCUGCGCUCCAACCGGCCGCUGCUAGUGAAAGAUCAUUUCUACAGCCUGCCAAUCAAAACCCUCAACUUCCACGACCAGCUGGACCUGGUCGUGUCCACCGACUCCAAGAUCAUAAAAAUCUGGAACAAAGACACUGGCAAAGUGUUCUCCUCCAUACAGCCUCCGACCAACAUCAAUGAUGUUUGCAUCUACCCCAACUCAGGUAUGCUCUUCACUGCCAAUGAAGAUCCAAAGAUGAGCACAUUCUACAUCCCGGCUCUGGGCCCUGCACCUCGAUGGUGCUCCUUCCUCGACAACCUGACGGAGGAGCUGGAGGAGAGCCCAGAGAGCACCGUGUACGACGACUACAAGUUUGUCACCCGCAAGGACCUGGAAAAUCUGGGUCUGUCUCACCUGGUGGGAUCGACUCUCCUGAGAGGCUACAUGCACGGCUUCUUCAUGGACAUCAGACUUUACCACAAGGUCAAAACUAUGGCAAAUCCUUUUGCAUACGAGGAGUAUCGCAAGGAUAAGAUCCGGCAGAAGAUCGAAGAGUCCAGGACCCAGAGAGUGCAGGUUAAGAAGCUGCCCAAGGUGAACAAGGAUCUGGCUCUGAAGCUGAUGGAGGAGGGUGACGACGAACUGGAGCUGACUGGAGCUAGGAAAAAGAAGGGCAAGGCCCUCCCGACCAUCCUGGGAGACGACCGCUUCAAGGUGAUGUUCGAGAACCCCGACUACCAGGUGGACGAGCAGAGCGAGGACUUCCGCCUCCUCAACCCCAUCGUCUCCAAGGUCGGACAGAAGAGGAAGAAGAAGCUGCGACUGCUGGCUAAACAGGCUGCUGAUUCUGAACAGGCGGCCGAAGACGAGGAAGAGCCCGAAGGUCGGGCCAGCUCCGAGGAGGAGAGCUCGGACGAUGAUAAGAGCUGGGUGGAGGAGGUGCGGGAGCAGCGCAGGUUGAUGCGACAGGAGGGCUGGGAGCGCCGUCGUCAGCAGAGGAAGGACGGAGACCGCGACACCGUCCUGCUGGAGGGCGAUCAGAACCGAAGAGAGAAAACCUCGAACUUGGCAGAGGGCAAGAAGACAAGUCAGCCACAGUUUUAUCAGAUCAAAGCCGGGGAGGAGUUCAGAAGUUUUAACGACGUGGCACGCAAGCAGAAACUACAGAAGGCGUCUUUGGAGGACCGUCUGAAGUUAGAGGAGAACUCAGGACCAAGCAACAUGGCCGACACUGCAGUGGGCAGCAAACAGCUGACCUUCACUCUGAAAAAGUCGGAGCAGCAGAAGAAGCAGCAGCAGGCGGAGCGGGAGCACCACGAGGAGAGGAAGAAGCUGAGGCGCUCGGCUGGACAUCUGAGCAGCAGCCGGGGAAGAGGAAGGGGCUGGGGCGGAGGCAGGGGUAGAGGAGGAGGAGGGGGAGUGUUCAAAUGGGAGGGAGGUGCGUCAAAGCCCCCUCAGCAUGCCAACACCGGCCCCUAG